AUGGUAGGAAACACUGAGCGAGAAAAAAUGCUCCGUGGGGAGCUAUACCGUGCAUUCACGCCUGAACUUACAGCUGCACGGGCUCGCUGCAAGUCUGCAAACAUUCGAUUCAAUAAUGCGGGUGAUGUUUCUAGACGACGACUUGUGGAGCUUUGGAAUGACAUUACGGAAGACAAAACUCCUCUCCCGCCUCAACUUGAUGACCCCGCAGCCGAUGAAGAACUCUUCAAGAACGAACCCUUGGUCGAGGCUCCUGUCAAAGCAGACUAUGGUUUCAAUGUGAAACUUGGCCAGGGUGUUUUCGUGAAUGCAAACUGUACAUUCAUUGACACUUGUCCUAUCACUGUCGGAGCAAGGACGUUGUUCGGGCCCAAUGUUAGUCUAUAUUCGGGAACACAUCCACUUGAUCCAGCUUUACGGAACGGACUCGAAGGCCCCGAGACGGGACUGCCGAUCGUUAUCGGGGAGGACUGCUGGCUUGGUGGAAAUGUGAUUGUGCUUCCUGGUGUGACUAUUGGUAAGGGCUCGACUGUUGGAGCUGGUAGUGUGGUUACUAAGGAUGUACCGCCAUUUCAUGUGGUUGCUGGGAAUCCUGCAAGAAUCAUUCGACGUAUUGAAACAACCAUGACAGAGUGA